GACUGUGUAUAAUGCGCGAUGCAUUUACAUACGCCCGGUACCAAUAUAUCACCGCUAAUAAAUCAAACCGAACCGCUAAACUGUAAAUAUAUAUAUAUUCCUGUGGGGCGGCUGCUAGAGAGAACCAUGGUUUAUUUUUGCGGCCAAAUUAAACCUGGCUGUUAUCAAACAUAGAGGCGGGAUCUAUUUAAAUCAGCAAAUAACACGGGAUAUUUUAGGCGGGAUUCAAGAAACCGAAGUGGAUUUGCGGAGGCGGUAGGGGCGUGCUUAUAAUCACCCAAUCACAGGGAGGAGGCGCCAAUAUAAGCAGAAACCAGCAGCAGUUUGUUUCAGUUUGAGUGUGUUACUCAGAGAGGUUUUGUAGUUACAAUGGCCCGUACCAAGCAGACCGCCCGUAAAUCCACCGGAGGGAAAGCUCCCCGCAAGCAGUUGGCUACCAAGGCAGCCAGGAAAAGCGCCCCAGCCACCGGCGGCGUCAAGAAGCCUCACAGAUACCGGCCCGGCACAGUCGCUCUCCGGGAGAUCCGCCGCUACCAGAAAUCCACCGAGCUGCUCAUCCGCAAGCUGCCUUUCCAGCGCCUGGUCCGGGAGAUCGCUCAGGACUUCAAGACCGACCUGCGCUUCCAGAGCUCAGCCGUCAUGGCUCUGCAGGAGGCCAGCGAGGCUUAUCUGGUCGGUCUCUUUGAGGACACCAACCUGUGCGCCAUCCACGCCAAGAGGGUCACCAUCAUGCCCAAGGACAUCCAGCUGGCCCGCAGGAUCCGAGGCGAGAGGGCUUAGAUCCAACCCGCAGAACCUUCCUCCCCAACAGCACAAAGGCUCUUUUCAGAGCCACCAAA